CCGUGACCAAUCACAGCUCUGCCUGACGUCACAGUCGUUCCGUUAAAAGCAAUGGUGUUGCAAUCGUGAGACAUUCUGCUCUUCCACAACAACAACGACACAACACCAAAGAAACAUGGAGAAAAUACUCGCGAACAUUUGACGAAGGAGAUCAGAAAAUGGCACAUACUGGCCGGAAAAUGAAGCGACAGCACAUCGACGCCUAUCUGUCACCGACAAAUACGCGAAGUCUGUUGGUUUUCGACGAGGAAUACCAGAACACGUGAGGAUUUUUACAACAUAACCGCCGCCGUAACCCAAGAAGAAGAAGAAGUACAAAGAUGGCUGCGGCUGUUGGUUCCGAGAAGGUUCCUGAGCGGACGAUGGAGAGGUUCGGUACCGGAGGGAUGGCGCUGCUGCCCUGGACCAGACACAUGCUCACCGUGCUGUGGGAACAGCUUCGACUGCUGGUCCAGGUCAUAUACUACACCUUCAUGUCAGUUUUCCAGAUGUUCAGGUUUGAGGUUCACGUGAGGAUCACAGACGAGACGGGUCAACACAUCCAGCACAUGACGACCACGGCCAACCCAACCGAGUCCUUCCUGUUCUCCUCGCUGUUUGACGGAGACAACGGAGUGAUGGUCGGAGGUUCCAACCCCCUCUCUAACUUCUGUGCUGAAGUGGGCGACUCCUUCUCUGGUAAAUCCCCCGCCGAGGCCCUGCUGUCCACGCUGCGUGCUGACGACCUCUGCUGCGGACUCGUGGAUGAUUUUGUGUCUGGCAACGAAGACGGCAUCUUUCACAAAUCCAGCUGGAAGAUGGGCUUCCCCGGCGACUGGAACAUCUUCGUAUCGAGCAGCGACAGCUCCAACGACGGCUGCCAUAGAAGUAGCGAGAAAGUCUUCAAACAGGAAACUUCAGAAGAGGAGAGAAGUUUUCACUGGAGCAGCGAGGAAGACCAGAACGUGGUUGAAUUUGACAGCGAGGAAAGUAAAGCUCUCUGGGAGUCUCUGUCGAAAUCUAGCGAUCCUUACAACCCCUUCUUCUUCUCUGCCUGCAUUUCAACAAACACAAACAUGGGCAAAAGUAAAGGCAAAACCACGGACAGUGACGCUGAGAUCAUGUCGGUGAGCAAGGCCGGCGAGGAGAUGCUGGGGCCGCGAGGCCUCAACGUCUGGGUCAGUCGCUCUGACAGCGAGAGCAGCUGGAGCAGCUGGGCCAGUUCAGACGGCUCCAGCCCCGACAUGGACGAGGAGAACCAGAGGCUCCUGGAGUUCUUCAGCAGCCCUGAAGACCCCUACAACCCCAUGUGCUUCACAGCCUGCACAAUCAGCACCACGUCACCUAAGACCACCACCACCACUGUCUCCAAACAGGCCUCACUCCCUGCACCUCCCUCCAAGUCAGACACCGACACGGAGGAGAAGGAGAGCAGCGUUCCUCCUUCAUCUGAGGACGAUGAAGAGGAGCAGCUGUGGAAAUCUCUCAGCCCAAAGGAUGACCCGUACCACCCACUGAACUUUCAGGCCUGCCUCCAGAGCUCCCCAACAACAGCACAGCCAGACCCCCUUAAUGUCCCCGACACUAAAAGUCCACCCACGAAGGGAAAGAAAUGUGAAAACGCUAAAACGCCCCGAAAACCCAGAAUGACCAAGCCCAGCCUGCCAGAGAGGCACGUGAAGCAUCACUCUCAUCCAGACAAGGUCCUGGUGCCGUGGAAAAGAGCCGGACAAUCAGCCCGGUCCCCGCCAGAGGAGAAGAAGGAGAGAACAGACAGCAGCACCCAGAAAAAGGUGCGGUUUUCUCCUCUGGUCCAAGUCCACGUCAUGCGGACCUGGCUGUUUGCUCGCCAGGCGACUCGUAAAGGACACUGGGAGGAAAUGGUGCGAGACCGGGACCGCUUCCAGAAGCGAGUCCGUGAGACGGAGCGGGCCAUCGGACACGUCUUCAGCCAGCAGCACAGAGAGAAGGUCCGGGCGAGUCUGGACGGUGCCUUGAAAUAAAACCACGUCAUGAACACUGAAUGUUUAAUUUCCUCCUGGAUGAGAACUUGUGAUUGGUUGCAAUGCAACAGUGAUUUUGAUUUUAGGCCAAUUAGAAUUUUGAUGUUAGGCCAAUCUUAAUGUUCGGUGUCAAGUUGAACAACUUUGUACCUCAAAAGGUUUUCUACAUUUUGUGACUGUUGCACUGACUGACACUUUUAUAUUAACCUCAGCGUUAACGUGUGGAAUGUGGUUUUUGUAUGCCUUAUACUGACCUAGUAAUGUAACUUAUUUAUGCCCUAUGGAGCUUGUUGUUUAUUUUUUACCGUCGGUUUUAACCGUUUGUGUUUCUACAUGUGUGAACAAACUAGAAGUUAAAGUAGGUGAUGUUUGGUCCGAGAGCAGAGCUUUACAGUACAAAGUGUUUUGAAAAGUGUUUUAUUUAAGCAUGAAGGCAUGAUCUGCUGCGGUUAUCGUCAGAUACUUUAGUUCUUGAUAUUUAAGUUUUGUUUUGUGUUUUCCUUAUUUGCACACAAUCGCAGCCUUUAGCACUGAUUAUUAUUAUUAUUAUUGAUAUAUUGACUGGAAAGAUUCAAACACUUUGUCCUUUGUGAUUCACUCAGCUUCUCAUGGUAACAUCAUGUAGCCGGAAAUGUUUAAAAAAGAAAAAAGACAUUUGUAGCAAAUUUGUCAUUAGGUGCUUUGCCAAAUCAAUAAAAUUUGUUACACUGUA